AUGACUAAGGGCGCCUACUUGGCUGACUCAUCUUCCACCCCGAGGAUCCUCGAUGCCUCCAGUUCCUCUUCAGAAGUUCAGGCCUCAUGUCAUGUUGAUGAGAGGCUGCAUCCAUCGUCUGUCUAUUCGUUCUUGAUCGUCCUCUGGCUUCCGCGCAACAACCUCGAGCGUUUCCAAUACAUGGUCGGCUUCGUCCUCCACCUUUUCACGUCACCAUUCAUGAACAUCAUCGUCUUGGUUUAUUCCCUCAUCAAAUCGGACGACAUUUCAUGGGGAAAGACGAGGGAGGUCGUCGCGGGCGGUGACGACGACCGUGACGGCGACGCUCUUGGUGGACGUGGGACGCAUUGA